AACUGCACUGGCGGUGGGCAGGGAGCCACUGAAGAGGAUAUGAGGAGCAAUCGUGAAAGAGGGCUCAGUCCGACCUUGUCUGGCUCACAGUCCCGCGCGUGGUUGUGCGUAAACGCCGCAAAAAUAGUUGUCGGUGUUUAAGAAAAAAACCUUCAGGCGCGUACAACUUUGGCCCUCAUUCAUGUUUUUUUUCGAAACACAUCCACGUCUGGGUGUUGUGCAGAGGACAACCUCUUCCGCAUAUUGGAUUUCAAUGCAAAGAGAAGGUCGCAAACGUCCAUCUAAGGAUUCGGGAAAUGAAGACAGCUACUGACACGGACUCAGUAUUAGUUUUACUUUUGAAACGUUUUUCUGCGCAGUUUUGAUUUAGGUAUUUUCUUCAACUCGUGAAGCUUUGGCUCCCUGUGUGGGAUUACUCGCUGCAUUUCUUGUAUUUGAAUGUAGCUGAGUUUUGGAUACGCCUGUGCUGUGCAUUGUACAGUGCACAAAUUAGAUCACAAUGUAUUUAUUUUAGGACAACCUCUUUCUAUACAAAGUGCCAAAUUUAGCCGGAAUGGCGAACGAGUGUAAUCGCAACAUUGUAGAAAAGUAUAUCUCCCAUAAACUCUCCAAACGGGGGUAUGUGUUUGGAUUUGAUGAUGUCCGGGAUGAAGAUGCUGCUAAUAAUGGGUCAAUAGAUGUCCCUCCACCGACUUUGGUUCGCCGGUGCCGUGAAGCCGGCACUGGGCCUGACAGCGAGAGCAUCCCUCACCUCUGCAAACGGCUCCCCCAGUCCGACCCGACCGCCGCCAUCCACAGAGUUCUCCGCGAGGCUGGAGACGAACUUGAGAGACUAUACCAGCCAGACUUCGCGGAGAUGUCGCGGCAGCUGUAUCUCACAUCCACCACGGCGCAAAGGAGAUUCGCCGAGGUGAUCGACGAACUGUUCCGGGACGGGGUGAACUGGGGCCGGAUUAUCGCGUUCUUCGAGUUCGGGGGCACGGUGUGCGUGGAGUGCGCCGCAAAAGAAGAGAUGACAUCGCAGGUGGACAACAUCGCCGAGUGGAUGACGGAGUAUCUAAAUGGACCUCUAAACAGCUGGAUACAAGAUAACGGAGGAUGGGCUGCCUUUGUGGAGCUGUAUGACAGACAGAGGGACUCCCUCUUCAGCUGCUCCUGGCCCUCCAUUAAGACGGUCUUUGGUCUAGCUGCACUCGGGGCAGCUAGCCUCACCUUCGGAGCAUACCUGACACAGAAGUGAAAGAGCCCUCGUUCUACCAGCUUGACUUUAUUCUCCACCUCCUUCUUCUCCUUGUGCCUCUUCUUAUUCCUUUUUAUAGACGCCCCUGACCCCUCAGAGACAACCUUCACACUCUUUUGAAUCUGGCUCUCUUCAAAGCUUUCUCUCAGAAAUCUCCCUCUUCCUCGCCCCUACACGUCAAAACAGACACAAAUCAAAACCACUGAAGCCGCCCAUGCAGAGCAAUGGACGUCUUGAAAAGAGGCAACUUAGACGUAAUCACACUAAUUUGCUGAGUAGCCUACAAUUGAGAAAUGAGGUGGCAUCAGUAGCAUGCAUUUUUUGGGGGGGGUUUUGUUCUGCCUGCUUCUGUACUAGUUAUAGCAUGAAUGUUGAGUGUUUGUGUAGAUGUUGUUGCAUGUGUCAGAGCUCAUGCAGGACCUCUAUUUAGAGGCCUUGAUGAUGGGGGUCCAGGGACAACGAUGCUCCACACCGGAGAGGAAGCGGCUGCAGCCCAGCCCCUGCAUGUUAGGGUGAAGAACCCCGUUUUGAACUGUGUUGCCCCCCUGCAGCCGUCCUUCAAAGGACUUCCUCUACAGAACAGCUGCUCAGAAUGUAUAAUGGAAACGGCUCGGUUUGUGUCUACUGCUUUCACUCCUCAGACAGCUCCAGUGAACUUUGAACACCCUGCACCAUUAUACUCUCCAUGGUCCUUAAUAUUUAGAGGAAGGGCCAGCGGAAGACUGAGGACAGCUGAUAUUUCUUGUGCAGAGUUUGAAAGCUCCUCGAUUGAGAUAGUGAUGUUGGUUUUAAUUUUUUUGCAGCAUGCCAAACCCCAAAUUGUGUGGUUUUACCACAGAAAAAAAGAGGAGAAUGGAGAAUUUUUUCAAGGACUGAAAAGCAUACAGAAGAAGCCUGUCAUUGCUUAAAACUCAUAUGAUGAUGAAUAUACUGAG